AUGUACAACUUGGACACUUCCUCAAGCAACCCGGGUUCCUGGCCCAACCUCCUCUAAUACAGUCUCUCCGGGAGUUCUCUUUCCCCCCGGUUCGGCCGCGCUCCUUCCUGCCUUUCCGAUUCCUCCUCGUCCUUCCUCUGGGACGCCGGGUCCACUCCGCCUCUCACCCCCCCGAGGGGUCAUCCCACCCCUGCACCCCAGCCUUCUCCAGCUGCUGCGCCCGUCAGUCGUCCCGGCUCACCGGCGCAGGCGCACCAGGCGCGGCCCCCCGAGGCGGAGGGCAUUGGAAGCAGCCUCCGUCUCCACCUCCUCCCGCCUCUCGCAGCAUCAGCGCGGAGCUCCUCGGCGGCCACCCGGACCGCAUUGGGCACGGCCCGGCGGGCCGCGCGUCGCCAUGGGCUCCGGCUGGAGCAGCGAGGAGGAACGGCAGCCGCUGCUGGGGCCCGGGCUAGGCCCUGCACCGGGGACUGUCUGGAGAAGCCGGGAGGCGGCAGCGGCAGCGGCGGCGGCGGCAGCACAGCCCGUGGCGAUCCCGGGUCUCGGGCGGGUGUACGGGCGCCGGUGGCUGGUGCUUCUGCUCUUCUCGCUGCUGGGGUUCGCGCAGGGCCUGGUCUGGAACACCUGGGGCCCCAUCCAGAACUCGGCGCGCCAGGCCUACGGCUUCUCCAGCUGGGACAUCGCGCUGCUCGUGCUGUGGGGGCCCAUAGGUUUCCUGCCCUGCUUCGCGUUUAUGUGGCUCAUGGACAAGAGAGGUCUUCGGAUAACUGUGCUUCUGACAUCCUUCCUUAUGGUUUUGGGGACUGGGCUAAGAUGCGUACCUAUAUCAGACUUAAUACUUAAAAGAAGACUGAUCCAUGGAGGACAGCUUUUAAAUGGACUGGCAGGUCCAACGGUAACGAAUGCAGCUCCAUUUCUCUCCACAACGUGGUUUUCUGCAGAUGAGCGGGCCACUGCCACAGCUAUUGCAUCAAUGCUCAGCUAUCUUGGUGGAGCAUGUGCAUUUUUGGUCGGACCACUUCUUGUUCCAGCUCCCAAUGGGACGUCGCCUCUUCUUGCUUCAGAGAAUAGCAAGGCCCACAUUCAAGAUCGUAUAGAGAUUGUAUUAUACGCAGAAUUCGGAGUGGUCUGCUUGCUGUUUUCUGCAACUCUAGUUUAUUUCCCACCGCGGCCGCCUCUUCCUCCCAGUGUCGCUGCAGCGAGCCAGCGACUGAGUUAUCGGCGGAGCUUUUGCAGACUGUUAAGCAAUUUGAGAUUUUUGAUGAUCGCUUUAGCAUAUGCCAUACCACUUGGUGUAUUUGCCGGCUGGUCCGGAGUUCUGGACUUAAUUUUAACACCAGUGCAUGUCAGCCAGGUAGAUGCUGGCUGGAUUGGAUUUUGGUCAAUAGUUGGAGGCUGUGUUGUCGGAAUAGCCAUGGCAAGGUUUGCAGAUUUUAUCAGGGGUAUGCUGAAACUAAUUCUUCUCCUCCUGUUUUCUGGGGCUACUCUGUCAUCCACGUGGUUUACCCUGACCUGUUUGAACAGCAUCACACACCUGCCUUUAACCACAGUGACGUUGUACGCCUCCUGUAUCCUCCUGGGAGUGUUCCUGAAUAGCAGUAUACCUAUAUUUUUUGAGCUUUUUGUGGAAACUGUCUACCCAGUUCCAGAAGGAAUUACUUGUGGAGUUGUCACUUUUUUAAGUAAUAUAUUCAUGGGAGUACUUUUAUUUUUUCUCACAUUUUAUCACACAGAGUUGUCUUGGUUCAACUGGUGCCUUCCUGGGUCGUGUUUGCUCAGUCUCCUCCUCAUUCUGUGCUUCAGGGAAUCCUAUGACAGACUCUAUCUUGAUGUGGUUGUCUCCGUUUAAUAGCGCAGAUCUGAAGGAGUUUAUAAAGAGACUGGAAAUCAAUACUGCAUUCUGCACAUUUGCUUGGAAUUGCACACCUAACAGGAUAAAAAGGAGAAGAGAGAAACUUCAUUCAGAGGUUUUGUUGGGUUACAGAUGGUCACGUUGAUUUAAUUACUACUAAGUAAUAAUAAUGUGGGACUUGAGUGAUAAAAAGGAGACUUAAAAACUCUAGAAAUCGCACACCUGUGCGUGAUUCUGGGUUUGGAAGUGUGAUCGAUGUCUCACACACGAGGUACUACCUGAAUAAUUGCCUCUGUGUUCUGUGCCAGUGCUAAACUACUGACCGACGGGUUGUAAUUAUGAAAAGACACGGAGUGUCUGCCCCAGGGAGAUAACCCUCCCCAAGUCACAUAUCAGAAUAGGAAGACAUGCCAACAACUUCUAAAGAAGUUUAAACCUCAUAUGUGAUUUUUAACUCUGAAACAGCCAAGAGGUUUAUCAAUGAUAAAAAUUAGCCACGUGUACACUACAUUUUUUUCCUAAUAAAGCCAUUUCUUACAUGACUCCUUAUUUUUAAUUAGGUCAAAGACCGGUGGCCACCUUUACGGUGGUGGUCACGCGCUUUCCAGUGUCUUCAGAACACACUGUGUCUCGGUGUUAACUUACCCUCGUUUCUGUGAAAUACAGUUUCAUCUAUUAGGCUUUUAAAAGUUAUAUUAAAGGUGACUAAAUGUUUGAUGUAGAUUCAUUAAAAUUGUAUGCAAAGCGUAAUUUCCUUCUGAUUUAGCACUUUGUUAAAAGAAAUAUGACAAAUCACAUGGAACACUCUGUGUCUUCAGCAUAUAUAUAUGUGUGUGUAUAUAUAUAUGAUAAGUCUGGCAUCAGCUAAUACUUACAGGGGUUACAUUUUAUUAAAUGAGCCUUGUUUGAAAAUAAGAACUUAACAACAUUAAAACUUCUGUUCAGUGA